AUUCUCCUUAGCAACUGCGGGACCGCAGCGGCGCCAGCCUCCCGGGAGCAACGCUAGUGACAACUGAGCUACUCAAGGCAGGAAGAACUCUGAGCUGAGCAGUGGAGGCCCCCCCUGGAUCUGGAGAGAAGAGGCGACCUUGGAACCAGUAAUGAGCCAUCCUGACUUCAGGCUGAACCUCCGGCCCUUGGGGACCCCCAGAGGUGUGUCCUCUGUGGUUAGCCCACAUGGUGUUGGUGCUUCGCCAGGUGACAAAAAGUCAAAGAACAAGUCCAUACGAGGGAAGAAAAAGAGCGUAUUUGAAACCUACAUGUCCAAGGAGGAUGUCUCAGAAGGCUUGAAGAGAGGAACACUUAUCCAGGGUGUAUUGAGAAUUAAUCCGAAGAAGUUUCAUGAAGCCUUCAUUCCUUCCCCGGAUGGUGAUCGAGACAUUUUUAUCGAUGGGGUUGUUGCUCGUAAUAGAGCCUUGAAUGGGGAUCUGGUGGUCGUGAAGCUGCUUCCAGAAGAGCAAUGGAAGGUAAUUAAACCAGAGAGCAAUGACAAAGAAACAGAAGGUGCCUAUGAAUUAGAUCUCCCUGAGGAGCUCUGUGGAAGCCAUCUCCUGCAGCAGCCCGUGAAAGGCUAUAAUGACAGUCCUGAUGUCAUUAUAGAGGCUCAGUUUGAAGACAGCGACUCAGAAGAUGGACAUGGCAACACACAGAAUGUUAUGGUUGAUGGUGUCAAGAAACCCUCAGUUUGUGUUCAUGACAAAGGAAAAGAGGAUGCUGAUGCUCCCGUUACAAAAGAUGAGAGCACCUCCACAUCACAGGACCCAAGAGCUUUACCGGAGAAGUCGCUGCAAAGAUCAGCAAAGGUGGUUUACAUCUUGGAGAAAAAACAUUCCCGGGCAGCAACUGGCUUUCUCAAACUCUUGGCUGAUAAGAACAGUGAACUGUUUAGGAAAUACGCCCUCUUUUCUCCCUCGGACCACCGAGUGCCUAGAAUUUAUGUGCCUCUCAAGGACUGUCCCCAGGACUUUGUGACCCGGCCUCAAGAUUAUGCCAACACACUGUUCAUCUGCCGCAUCGUGGACUGGAAGGAGGACAGCAAUUUUGCCCUGGGGCAGCUGGCUAAGAGCCUUGGUCAGGCUGGUGAAAUUGAGCCUGAAACAGAAGGAAUACUAACAGAGUAUGGUGUGGAUUUCUCUGAUUUCUCUUCCGAAGUUCUAGACUGUCUCCCUCAAGGCCUGCCCUGGACAGUCCCACCAGAGGAAUUCAGCAAGAGAAGAGAUUUAAGGAAAGACUGUAUCUUCACCAUUGACCCAUCAACUGCCCGUGACCUCGAUGAUGCCCUCUCCUGCAAGCCACUUGCUGAUGGCAACUUUGAAGUGGGGGUUCACAUCGCAGAUGUCAGUUACUUUGUUCCCGAGGGAUCCCCCCUGGAUAAAGUGGCUGCUGAGAGAGCUACAAGCGUCUAUUUGGUUCAGAAGGUGGUCCCCAUGCUUCCCAGACUGCUGUGCGAGGAGCUGUGCAGCCUCCAUCCCAUGACCGACAAGCUGACCUUCUCCGUGAUCUGGACACUAACCCCAGAGGGCAAGAUCCUUGGUGAAUGGUUUGGUCGGACCAUCAUUCGCUCUUGUACCAAACUGAGCUACGAGCACGCACAGAGCAUGAUUGAAAGCCCGACCGAGAAAAUCCCCGAGAAGGAGCUGCCCCCCAUCUCCCCCGAGCACACCAGUGAGGAGGUGCACCGGGCUGUCUUGAAUCUCCACGGAAUCGCAAAGGAGUUACGCAAACAACGGUUUGUGGACGGCGCGCUGCGUCUGGAUCAACUGAAACUUGCUUUCACUCUGGAUCACGAGACCGGACUGCCUCAAGGAUGUCACAUCUACGAGUACCGCGACAGCAACAAGCUCGUGGAGGAGUUUAUGCUCCUGGCCAACAUGGCCGUGGCCCACAAGACGCACUGCACCUUCCCUGAGCGUGCCCUCCUGCGCCGGCACCCUCCGCCCCAGACCAAGAUGCUCAAUGACCUUGUGGAAUUCUGCGAGCAGUUGGGGCUGCCCAUGGACUUCAGCUCUGCAGGGGCCCUCAAUAAAAGUCUGACCACAACAUUUGGAGAUGACAAGUACUCCCUGGCCCGGAAGGAGGUACUCACCAACAUGUGUUCCCGGCCCAUGCAGAUGGCCCUGUACUUCUGCUCCGGGGUGCUGCAGGACCAGACGCAAUUCCGGCACUACGCCCUCAACGUGCCGCUCUACACCCACUUCACCUCCCCCAUCCGCCGCUUCGCCGACGUCCUGGUGCACCGCCUCCUGGCCGCCGCACUUGGCUGCGGGGAGCUGCCUGACCUGGAGCCCGAGGCCCUGCAGAAGCAGGCCGACCACUGCAAUGACCGCCGCAUGGCCUCCAAGCGCGUCCAGGAGCUCAGCACCGGCCUCUUCUUUGCCAUCCUGGUUAAGAGCCCUGCCUUGCAGGAAAGCGGCCCCCUGGAGUCGGAAGCCAUGGUGCUCGGUGUCCUGAACCAAGCCUUCGACGUGCUGGUGCUGCGCUAUGGUGUGCAGAAGCGAAUCUACUGUAACGCACUGCCCCUGCGGUCCUACCACUUCCAAAAGGUGGGCAAGAAGCCGGAGCUCAUACUUGUCUGGGAGCCUGAGGACACGGACCAGGAGUUGGUACAGCAGGUCGUCACCAUCUUCAGCCUGGUCGAGGUGGUACUGCAGGCUGAGACCACUGCCCUCAAGUACAGCGCCAUCCUCAAGCGGCCAGGCACCGAGGGCCUCCUGAGCCGGCAGGAUGGGGAGCAGCCAGAUGCCGGUGUCGCUGGUGGCCUGCAGGCCUGAGGCCUCCUGCGCAGCCCACACCCACCCACACCCCUGCCCCACCUGCCGACUUUUAGGAAUAGGACCUUUCAACACCAAAGGGGAUUUUUAAUUUGGUUUUUAACAACUCAGGGCUUUGUUUUUAUUUCCUCAUUCUAUUUUAUUUUUGCAGCUCCGUUUUUAAACAAACUGGAGGGGAGAGGGUGGGACUGGAUGGAAGGCUGAGGCCUGGCUCAUGCUUCCCCUGAGCAGAACGGGACCCGGUCCUCCUGGGAAGGCCGGCCCCCCCUUCUGCCAGGCCACCCACUGCCUUCCCCUGCCCAGGAAACCGGGGACUUUCAGCAAAUCAGUGUCAUGGAAUAAAAUCAAGUGUGAAUUGC